CAGCUACACGGCUAGGUUAGGGAGGGAUCGUCAGGAAAGUUGUACUCCAAACAGCUGUGUGAAAGCCGGUAGAGUAAUUUUUUAGCUGUCAUGACUGUAAGUAUAGUGACAAUGAAGUCGCUGGCAUGGCUGGGCAUAAUGUUAGUUGCUGGUUUGCUUCUUGCUGCUGUUGAUGUCAGCAUUGCUAAGCCAGCACAUCCACACAUCAUACUGAUCGUGGCCGAUGACUUGGGUUGGGAUGACGUGAGUUUUCACGGCUCUACUGAGAUUCCAACACCCAACAUUGACCAGCUUGCUCAAGAUGGCGUCAUAUUGCAUAAUUACUACGUCAUGCCACUCUGCACUCCAACGCGGUCUGCACUCAUGACAGGGAGACAUCCUAUACAUCUAGGAUUACAGCAUAAUACCAUCGGCGGUGCCCAGCCUUACGGACUCGGUCUCAAUGAAACGUUAAUAUCUCAGCUUCUCAAACAUCAGGGAUAUCAGACCCACAUUGUUGGGAAGUGGCAUCUUGGGAUGUUUGCCAAGGAGUAUCUGCCUCUCAACCGAGGUUUUGACAGCCAUUUUGGUUAUCUGCUCGGGCAUGAGGACUACUUGGACCACACUGCACAAGAUGGUCCGUUAUAUUGGGGUUAUGACUUCCAAAAUAACAGUCAGAUUUAUAAGCCCAUAUUUGGGCAAUACGGCACAGAGAUUCUUACAGCAGAGGUCAAAAGGGUCAUCACAAGUCAUGAUCCUUCACAGCCUCUGUUUCUGUAUGUAGCCCAGCAAGCUGUUCACGCUGGUAAUUCGGACCAUCCACUGCAGGCUCCAGAAAAUUACGUUCAACGCUUCCCUUAUAUCACAAACGAAAAGAGACGGAUCUUCGCAGGCAUGGUCUCUGCACUUGACGACUCUAUUGGCAGCAUCAUCAUGUAUCUCAACGAAGCAGGACUGUACAAAGACUCGGUCAUCAUCUUCACCACUGACAACGGGGGCGCUGGUCACGGCUACGAUGGCAGCGUGGGGUGUAACUGGCCACUACGUGGCAUGAAAUCCACUCCCUGGGAGGGCGGAGUUAGAGGAGUGGGCUUCGUCAAUAGCCCCAUGCUGGAGAAACCGAGGCGUGUGUCAGCUGACUUGAUCCACGUCUCUGAUUGGUUCCCUACAAUGUAUAGGAUUGCUGGUGGCAAUGUCAGUGCCCUGGGAGAUGACAUUUAUGGACAGGACGUCUGGGACACAGUGUCUAAGGGUGCUCCAUCACCAAGGAAUGAGAUUCUUCUAAAUAUAGACCCUCUUGCACCGUAUGCUGCACUGCGUGUUGGCGACUACAAGAUCGUCAUUGGUGACAGCGACCAUGGAAUAUGGGAUAACUGGUACCCACCACUGGGAGUAUCAAGAGAAAAUCAAGAAAAGAAUGAACAAGGUCUCAACAGUUUAACGGAUCGUAGCGUCCUCCCCCCAGUUGUAAGCUGUCUCUUGCCCCGCCCAUCAAACGCUUCCACUAACUGCAAGCCUUUUGAGAAGCCCUGUCUGUUCAACAUCAAGAACGAUCCUUGUGAGUUCUACAACAUAGCCGACUGGAACCAAGAUAUUCUGUCAGAGAUGAUUACACGCUUAAAUCAAUUCAACGCCACUGCCGUGCCACCGAAAAAUGUUCCCAACGAUCCUAAAGGCAAUCCAAAACUUCAUGGUGGGAACUGGGUUCCUUGGAUUAAUCUGACAAAGCCUGUUUUGUAGGACCAAUCUAUUGACCACUCUCAUCAGAAAAGUACAUGUGCAAGCCUAGUAUUUGUGUCUAGGAUCAAACUAUUGACCACUCUUAUCAGAAAAGGACUAGCCUAGUAUUUGUGGCUAGGACCAAACUAUUGACCACUCUCAUCAGAAAAGGACAAGCCUAGUUUUUGUGGCUAUGAUCAAACUAUUGACCACUCUCAUCAGAAAAGGACAAGUCUAGUAUUUGUGCCUAGGAUCAAACUAUUGACCACUCUCAUCAGAAAAGGACAAGCCUAGUAAGGUGUGUAGGAUCAAACUAUUGACCAGUCUUAUCAGAAAAGGACAAGCAUAGAUAGUAAGGUGUCUAGGAUCAAACUAUUGACCACUCAGCCUCUCACCAUGCACUAAUGGGGGGAGUAUGAAUUAUUUAACUUGUCCGUAAAUAUGAAAAAAUUACAGUGCACAUAUUCGUUUUUACAUUUAACAUUUCAACAAAGAACAAUUUAAAUUUAAUUUAACUGAAAUAUAACAAUUUCUGUAUCUGUUACAUGCAUAAAUGAACCAGAACCAUUCAGUAUUUUAAUUACAAACGUAAUCAUUCAUGAAAUAGGUCCAAAUGUGAUCAUUUUUGUAUCUUAUUUUUAGAAAUAUGAACUUUGUAUCCUUUUGCACACUUUGGUGUUUUGAUAAUACUUAAAACAAUAUUUUAUUGUUUAGUACUAGCCAUUUGCAUUGAUACGUCUUAACAUGUUUCAGAGGGCUUGAAAACAUCAAUUUUAUUGCAUGCUUUGAUAAGCAUGACUUUAUAAUUGUGUAACACUUGGAAGAUCCCAUGAUGUAUUUGGAAACUGCAUUUUUAGCUGUUCCACUUUUUAGUUAUGAAAAAAUGAUGACUUGAUCAGGUAAAGUGAAUAAGUACUAAUAUUUCAGAUUUUGUUAAAAAUCUCAAUGCAAAUUUUUUAUUUUUCCAUAUUUCUAUUUGUCAAUAAAAAAUAUUUUGUUGUAAACUU